CUAGUGACGACCGAAGGGGAGCGGAACAGGAAGCUGAACCGGAAGUGACUACACGGAAACGGCACUGCUGCUAACAACGAAAACAACGGCAUUACGCUCGGGGAUAUCUCCCUUCUCCUUAACGUAGGUUAGAGACAGACAGAUUGCAUAUAUGAACUUGGAAACAUGUACAAUUUCCGGGGUAAUGAAGCGCACUAUCGGGUAAAGUUAAAGUGCACAAGUUGGUGAGGAAUUGCAAGCUAUCUUUCUGCUGUGUUUUAGCUAAGCAGGCUAACUAGCUAGCUAACGGCUCCAGGAAAAAAUGAAGGAGGUGAAGGGUUGUGGUAUGCGGUCCUCUGUGGGCUUUCUGUCUCAGAGAAGCCUUUUCGGGAACCCACUGAUGAAGGAAGAAUUUCAGAGACUCCGGUUGGCAGGAUGCACAAGCCUUUACAAGAAAGAUAUGCUGGGACAUUUCGGGUGUGUAAACGCCAUAGAGUUUUCCAACAAUGGAGGGGAAUACCUUGUGUCCGGAGGGGAUGACCGCAGAGUGCUGCUGUGGGAUAUGGAGAGAGUCCUCCAUGCUCGCUCGGCCAAGCCUCUCACACUGAAGGGAGAACACCUCUCCAACAUCUUCUGCCUGGCCUUCGACAGCACCAACAAGAGGGUGUUCUCUGGGGGUAACGACGAACAGGUCAUCCUUCAUGAUGUAGAGCAAGGCGAGACUCUGAACGUGUUCCUUCACGACGAUGCGGUGUACGGCCUGUCAGUCAGCCCCGUUAACGACAACGUGUUCGCCAGCUCCUCGGACGACGGACGGGUCCUCAUCUGGGACACACGGCAGCCGCCACACGGAGAGCCCUUUUGUCUGGCCAACUACCCGUCAGCCUUCCACAGUGUGAUGUUCAACCCGGCAGAGCCCCGACUGCUGGCUACAGCCAACUCCAAGGAAGGGGUGGGGCUGUGGGACAUCCGCAAGCCUCGCACUUCUCUGCUGCGUUACGGCGGUAGCAUGUCCCUGCAGAGUGCCAUGUCGGUGCGUUUUAACAGCGCAGGGACCCAGCUCCUGGCUCUGCGUCGCAGGCUACCCCCGGUCCUCUACGAGCUACACUCUCGCCUACCCAGCUUCCAGUUCGACAACCAGGGCUACUUCAACUCCUGUACCAUGAAGAGCUGCUGCUUCGCUGGAGACAAGGAUCAGUACGUCUUGUCUGGAUCAGAUGACUUCAACCUUUAUAUGUGGAGAAUCCCAAAGGAUCCUGAAGCAGGAGGCCCGGGUCGUGUGGUCAACGGAGCGUCCAUGGUCCUGAAGGGGCACCGUUCCAUCGUGAACCAAGUCCGGUUCAACCCCAGCACCAAUAUGAUCUGCUCCUCCGGGGUCGAGAAGGUCAUCAAGGCGUGGAGCCCCUACCAGCAGACAGAGAGUCUGGGCGACCUGGAUGGUUGUGUGGAGAAUAAGUCCAGGAGUCUGUACAGCCAUGAGGAGUAUAUCAGCCUGGUGCUGAACAGCGGCAGCGGCCUGAGGCACGACUACGUCUCACAGUCCAUCCAGGAGGAUCCUCGUAUGAUGGCCUUCUUUGACUCUCUGGUUCGUCGGGAGAUCGAGGGCUGGAGUUCGGACUCAGACAGUGACCUGAGUGAGGGGGCCAUCCUCCAGCUCCACGCCAGGGGACGACGCUCCACGCGGGCUGUAGGAGACGGCGCCGGGGUCCUGGUUGGUGCUGCUUCACCUGUACAUCCCGCUGCUGCUAUGGGCGACUCGGACCGCUCCUCCUCAUCCUCAUUGGCUGCACCCGAGGCCUUGGGGGCGGAGCCGCUGCUGCCCAGGAGUCGUCAGCGACAUCACCAGUCUGCGUUCUUAUUGGACCUGGUGGGAGAGGACUCUGAUUCCUCUGGGUUCUGGCUGGACCCCAUGCCACGCCCCAGCCCCCGAGACAACUCCACCCUCUCCAGCCCCACAUCCUCCCCCACUGGGGCCUCCUCCAGCUCCUCCACCACCUCCUCCACCAGCUCUGAGGACGAGGAGCGUCGCAGGGUCAGCACCAGGCAACGCAACGCCGCACGGAGGCGCCGCAUGCACUUCCCCUGCAGGCCCAGUGGAGGGCGCCCCGAGUCCGCCCAGGCCCUGUACCCCGGGGGUGUCGACUCCUGCUCCUACCCAAAGAUCUCCAUGGAUGAGGCCUCAUCCUCCUCCGCAUCCUCCACGGAGCUGCAGCAGGGCCGGGACUCGAUCCAGAUCGGACCCCACAGAAGGAGCUCGAAAACGGGGAGAUGUGCCAGCAAUUCGGGCAGACAUACCGGUUCCAGCCCUGCAGUGUCUCUGGACAGCCAAGACGACCUUCUCAUCACCUCUCAGGACACCCUGCAGCAGAGGACCGAGUCCCGGGAGGGAGGGGUGACGGGGGCUGCUUUAGAGAGGAUGGACAACAGUAGCUGGGUCUCCUCUUCCUCCAGACAUCACCACAGCCCCCACCAGACUGAGAUGACUGAAGUGCCAGUAGACCGUCUGGCUCCAGACCGGUUUGCGUCCCCAGAUUCCAGGGGGGAGAGGGAGGCCUUGGCGGGGAAACAAACAGACACUAGGAAACAGGAAGAGGCAGGGCUGUCUUCUCAGAGAGGCCAGGCCCGGACCCAGGGGGCGAUAAAACGGACUCACCUGGGGUCAGGAGGUCAAGGGUCAGGGGAGGGGUUAGAGAAGAAGUUGAAGAGAUGAUGAUGACGCCUGUCGUGGGAAGGUGAUCAUUUGGUGAAUGACUGAUGUUGUCCCACAUUACCCUAUUCCCCGUAGCUCUCCAACCUCUCCUCUGGGACGUUGCACAACAUCGUUGUAGCCCUGAACGACCUCAUCUGAUUCACCUUGUCAAGGGUUUCAGGGUUAGUUGACUAGUUAAAUCAGGUCUGCUAGCUCUGGUAUAGAUUAAAUACAUGGAACAACUGAGGGGUCCCAGAGGAGAGGUCUGAGUAACACUGGCCCAUGGAACAACUGAGGGGUCCCAGUAACACUGGCCCAUGGAACAACUGGGGGGUCCCAGUAACACUGGCCCAUGGAACAACUGGGGGGUCCCAGUAACACUGGCCCAUGGAACAACUGGGGGGUCCCAGUAACACUGGGCCAUGGAACAACUGGGGGGUCCCAGUAACACUGGCCCAUGGAACAACUUUGGGGUCCCAGUAACACUGGGCCAUGGAACAACUUUGGGGUCCCAGUAACACUGGCCCAUGGAACAACUGGGGGGGUCCCAGAGGAGAGGUCUGAGAAACACUACUUUUCACCAGGAGCCAAUGGUAGUAUACUAUGUAAGGGAAGGGGGGCCAUUUUGGAUUCAACCUGAGACUCUGGUUUUCUUUUGUGUUUUUACAGUCCAGUUUCUUGGUUUGGUGACCCUAAAAAGGAUGUCGCAAUUUAUCAUUUUUGCGCCAUUGGGACGUGUAUUCUGCUAAGAGCAGAACACAGUGGCUAUGAGGGCUUGGCUCUCUGUCUGUCAAUCAGAACAUACUGGAUAAUGAUUGGUCCAAUAUUACUGGGGCAGCAAUGCGUUCUGGAACUUCUAGAAAUUGUCAUCACUUCUGAGGUCAAACCAUAGAUGACAUUAAAUAUCAAAAGAUCCAAAAAUAUGUAAUAACAUUGACAAUGGUAUUGUAAAUGCACUACUAGUUAGUCAUUUAGUCUUAAGGCAGAACUUGUAUUUUUGUUGAAUUAAAAAAAUAAAUAAUAAUAAGGC